AUGGCAGCUCCUUCCAAAAACCGCACCUUCCCUCCCUACCCCGCCAAAAACCCCCAUCGCUCCUUCCCAUCACAAACGCACCCCGAACACACCUCACAAUGCCACGCCUCUGCACUAACAAUCGCACCCGCUACCUUGCCAUUCCCCGCAAGCUAUGAUGGACUCACAGAGUUAAGUCACCAUGGCUUCGGAGCGUACAUAAGUCCAUCCCCGCAUGGCGUGCCACUCUUCAACGCGGAACUGCAUGCCCACCAGUCCAGUCUCCAAGAGAGGGAUCUAAGCUAUCAGUACUCAUCUUCGCCAUCGUCGUCAGAGGAGGAGAUAUAUGGUGAAUUCUCACCUACCUAUGCAACCGCCCCUCCAAGCACCACGCGUACGACCCCUUUAUCGCAAACUCCUCAGUAUCACCUCAGUCAUCCAUGCCACAACUUUCCCCCUCAGACCUGGGAGUCAGGGAACCCAUUCACACCAACUACCUUCGCUCUACUCGACGACGAACAGACGCCAGUGACGUACCUCACCACAACCUCACCCACCACCAGCACCCCAACUCCGGUCCAUCAGGGACAAGAAAAAGGGGGAUUCUACAUCGGCACACCCUCCACGCCCCCCUCACCACUGCACCCCCACGUCUCCUCACCGGACCUAACAACACCCACCACCGAAGCCCUCGCACGCUACAAAAACGCACAAGAAACGCCCCUCACACCGCUCUACUACCACACUUCCUCUGCCGUGACAUCCCCUAUGUCUGAAGCGGGUAGCGAGUUCGGUGGGGUGCCAGUGGGGGAAGUUGAGAAUAACGAGGCGAGCGAGGUGGUUCACAGAUUAAUGGCUGAUCAACAAGGAACAUCACGAUUCCCCGCCUCUUUAACGGGGUGGACGGGCUUCGAAACCCCAGCGGAGGAGAAAUCAGGUCAGGGAGGACAGGAGGGCGAAGAACUUAUCUCCCCCCGCAGCACCACCACCACCCACACAUUCAAACCCCAAGAAACCCCCCAAUACGCCGAAACACCCAGUCCCCUCGCCCCCGCACACAAACACACCUCCCCCCUCACCUCCCCCCCAGUGCGUCGGACCUACCAAAACUCCAACGCCUACCGCCACCUCGUCCCCCCUCCCGGCCAAUUAUCACCUCUUCCCCCUGCACCGCGGCUGCCUCUCCCGGAGCCAAGAUAUAGCGAAGACUACAGCAUCAACGCCGACGACCUCCACGUCGCGCGCGCGCGCCAGCUGCUGGAGGAGCAUAUGAAGAAUCACUGGGGGAGCGUGUUGAGCGCUAACCAGGCCCUUCAAGCCAUCACCGGGACCACCGGGAUGGGUAGCAGCGUUAAUUCGAGUAAGGCGCACAUGGAGACGGCGGGGGCGACGUUGAUGCAUAUCAAAAACCGGGUACCGCAACCGCGACCCCUGUUACCGGGAUUUGGGACGCCGAUGCAGGUGAUGCAGCGGGUGCAGGCUGAGAAGGUGGGGAAGGGGAGGUCGUUGAGAGUGGUUUAUGAGGAGUACUUUUCGCGUCCUGGUGCUAGGGCUGUGGAGCUUUGUUCUUUGUCUAUUCAUGCUGUGAGCGGUUCUUUUGGCAACAGCACCAGCGGCGGCGGCGGUGGCCACAAUUCCCAGCCUGCAAAGCUGCAAAAUGAACUCCUUGCCCAUUUCACCGCCUCUGAAGGCGGAACUGCGAUCCAGUUCGUCGAAAUCGAUAUCCCAAACCCGACAGGGAGUUAUAACCGCCACCCCUUCGAGCAGUGGGCAUUCUUCGCCAUCGCAGUCCCCAUGGUCUGCGGCCCGGGAGGCGUGGACAAGGGGUUUGUCGGCUCAUGGGAGAGGGGGAGUAUAUUCAUCGCUGCCCCACUGCGCGAGGUUGCUGGGGAGGGAAAGGCUGUGCAGGAUGUCCUUGGGGAUGGGAGAGGGUGUUUGAGGAGGGAUUUUGUGUUUGGGCCUGGGGUGGCGCAUCGAGUGGAGUUUUGGGAGAAGUAUGGGCGGUGGGUGGAUAUUGGGAGGCAAGCCCUGGGACGGGAGGGGGGAGUGUGGCUUUGUGCGGAGGUGGAGGGGGUGGAGGGAAGGAUGGAGGAGUGGGAAGGUGGUGAGGGGCUGCUUGGGGCGGGGGUGAGGAGGGAUGUGGAGAGGUGGGGACGGGUGAGGAGGGCGAUGGAGGGGGGUGUUUGUAGGAUUGUUACAAGGGUUGUUGAGAGGGAGGGGAAAGUGGAGGGGAGAAGGAGGGAGAGGGGGGAGGAUGGGGGGGAUUGGGAGAGGGAGGGGGUUAGGGUCGUGGAAGGUGGGAGUUCGGUGAAGAAGCCGAGGAGGGGGAGGUGA